AUGGCAAACCGAAUUCCAGCUGAUGCGGCCUGCGCGUUCGACGGGAUGCUCCCGCCAACGGACUCAGCCGCAUUUUUGACCCACUUUGACUUUUCUGCAAUAGAUGAAAUGGACCCCUCUCUUGCCGAUGGCCAUGUGAUCCUCUAUGAACGAGAAGUUCCCUGCGAGCUCCGCAUGCAGGAGGGUUCAAAAGCACCUCAGGAUGUGGGAAGACUCGAGCCUAUCAGGGUGAAAGUUCUAAUUAUGGGGGAAGAGACAAAUCCCCAAGAAGUUCGGAUCGAACUGGCCAGCGAGAACGACUUGUUCUUCCAUUAUACCCAUGUGGUUGAUGAAAAGGCUUUUCGGCAGAUGCAACAAAACCAAAAGUUGAUGAUUGAAUUCGCGGAUUAUCCGCACGUUCUUAUGAAGAUGCUCAACUCGUGCAUCAGAGAACCCCAAAGUGCUAUCUAUGUUGUGUUCUGCUUCGCACGAAGUUUUCUUGCUGUCUUUAUAAUGGAGACGACGGGAAAAGGCCGGCUCGAUUUUAUUCAGAACAUGGAAUACAAGUUCAUUGAGCUUCUAUCGUGUGACUUUCGCCAAAGCUCAGAAGAAGUCAUUCGGCAGCAGAUGUCUUUUCGCUACAAUGCGCUCAAGUCAAAGCUUGCCCUUAUGCAUGCGAGACUACACGACAUUGGAGCGCUCGUCAAGGUCAAAAGCCCAUCGCUGUUGCUGCAUCUUCAAAAGUCUGCUGCCCAUCAGUUGCAGACCAAGCGUGGCGGGAUGCGCAGCUCCACGCUGAACACGAAACCGUAG